AUGCUGACGCCCGUGGUGCUGAUCGGCAUCGCGGCGGGCGCCCUGGUGUUCGUGGGAUCGCUCGUGGCGGUGUUCCUGCUGCUGCGCCAGGGUGGAUCGUUCGACCGCAUGACGCAGGAGGCGGUGGGGCUGCCGGCGACGCUGGGCGAGCAGAAGCCGCUGCUGUACGACGAGCUGCUGGAGAAGUCCCAGAGGCUGAGCGCCCGGCCGCCUCCUCUCGGGAAGGACAGGGCGCUAGAGGGGAGGCGCGUGUGCGUGAGGGACUUUGAGGUCUCGAGUGACGUCGCGGAUCUCUUUGCCAUCUCCUGCGGCCAGCCGCGCGGCGGCAUCUUCCGCGACUUGCGCUUCGACGCGGACGAGAUGAUCUGGCGCUACCUGCCGCACGGGCCCUUCGCGUCUCUGGCGGAGUUCAAGAGCUUCUACUCCGCUGAGCAACCACACGCCAGGCACUUUGUGGUGGCGGAUCGGGAGAGCAAGCAGGCGAUCGGGAUGCUGAUGCUCGGGGAUCACUCGCCGCGCAACCUCCGCAUUGAGCUCAUGGGCGUGUGGCUCGCCCCAGCGUUUCAAGGGACAGCGGCGCUGACGGAGGUGGUGCUCUUGGUGCUGACGUACCUGUUUGAUAGCGGAUAUCGACGAGUGGAGUGGCGGUGCGACGGACACAACGUACGCGCACGCCGAGCUGCGCACUCGUUGGGGUUCACCUUCGAAGGCGUCAUGAGGAAGCACAGGAUCAUCAAAAACUGCAACUGCGACACGGUUGUGUUUGCCGCUAUCAACAGCGAGUGGGGAGUCGUCGAGGAGCACCUGCAGCACAAACUUCGGCAAGCUCUGCAGAAGGAGGAGGCGAAUGCGCAGGCGGAGGACGAGUCUGAUAACAAGAAAACGCGGUAG